AUGGCUGAACAGCUUCCACCCACACCAUCUGAACUCCUUCAGAUGGUGACCGAGUUACGGCAAGCCAACCAGCGCAUGGCUGAAGAGAACCAAAGAAUGGAAAAUCAAAUUACUAAUUUGAAUAACACCCGAAUCGAAAACAACAACGAUCGACAAGAACGGACAGAAGAAGCCGAGCAUCAGUCAGGGCCUACGCAUGUCUCUGAAACUGCUCGGCACGAAGAAGAACAACCCGAGCAUAAUGAGGAAGCUCAGCCAAAAGAUGAAGAUGACCACCUAGAAAGCUCCCCUUGGCCAUUCACGGCUGAAGUGAUGAAUUUCGUGUUGCCCAGGAGAUUCACUUUGCCGACCACCCUGACUCCAUAUGAUGGGCUGGGUGAUCCGAAGAAAUACAUCAAAAAGUUCACCUCUAUAAUGAUAGUAAAUGAUGCAUCUGAUAAAGUAUUAUGUCUUUGUUUUCCAUCUUACUUGGACGGUCCUACACUUGAUUGGUUUUGUUCUUUGCCUGCAGGUUCUAUUUCUCGUUUUCUAGACCUAUCAAAGCCAUUCGAGGAGCACUUUGCUGGAUCAACCAUCUACCUACAUGACUCCGACUACCUAAACACAAUCAGACAAGGCCAACAUGAAAGUCUCAGAGACUACAUGACGCGCUUCACAAAAAUAGCCAUGAGUAUACCCGACCACCACCCUGAGGUGGAGCUGCAUGCAAUAAAAAGUGGACUUCGACCAGGAAAAUUCCAGGAGACCAUUGCUGUGGCCAAGCCCAAAACUGUGGCCAAGUUCCGAGAGAAGGCAAAAGGUCAAAUUGACAUUGAAAAGCUCCAACAAGCUCGAAAAACAGAGAAACUACUACACAGAGACGACGACAAAACUCGAGACAACAAGAAAAACUUCAAACCAACCCCGCGAUAUGACUCUUACACUCAGUUCAACACCAAACGUGACAACAUCAUCAAGGAGAUCAUAAAUUCAAAGUUGAUCAAGCCGCCAAGAAAAGCCGGCAGCUACUCAGAAUCAAAAGGCACAGACAGAUCAAAAUACUGCUUUUUUCACCAAAAACACGGACAUACUACUGACGAGUGUAUCAUCGCCAAAGACCUUCUGGAGCGGUUAGCUCGGCAAGGUCACCUCGACAAGUAUAUCGGCGGCCACAUACAACGACGAACGCCUCCCUCUGGUGACCAAAGCUCGGCAACACAGCAUGGCCGAGAUAAAGAUCGACCAAACACCAAACAUCUCGACCAACCAAGACGUAUUAUUAACUGUAUUUCUGAAGGUUUUGUAGGUGGAGGAGCCACAAGCUCGGCAAGAAAGCGAUCUUACCGAGCUAUGCUUUCCAUAGAAGCCGAUCCAACUCAACAGCAGACACCUCCACACUUUCCUCAGAUAACAUUCCAGACUGCCGACCAUAACACCAACUUAAAAAAUCUGGACGACCCAGUUGUCAUUUUCCUACAGCUCGGAGAUCUCCUAGGCAAAAAGGUUUUACUGGACCCUGGGAGUAGUGCUGAUGUCCUCUUUUACUCCAUAUUUUAG